CUCAUUCAUUUUCCCGCCAAAAAAUCCACGUGAAGUCUUGCGCAGUAGAGAAUCUUGAAGACCUCGCAUUUACCACCAGUAUAUUUCAGAAUCAGUGUUAUUUUUCCAGUUUUCUCCUCUUUAUAGAAAGGCACCAUGAGUGAGUCACCACAUCACAGUGUUAAUGGCGCCUCCCCUGUGCAUGAGAGGUCACGUGAUCCUUCCUUCUCCCGCUCCAGGUCCAGGUCAGCAGAGAGGCGAGAGGAAGGCUACAAAACCACUUCCCGGCGCUCUGAGUCUCCUCGAUGCUACCGAGAGGAACGCUCAAAGUACAAGACCUCCACAAACUCUCGAAGGAGGUACUCUCGGUCGCCCUCCUACUCCAGGGGACACCGCAGCAGUAGACACGUUGGAAGCCGUGACGACCCAAACCCCAGCAGCUGUUUGGGUGUGUUUGGCCUGAGUCUGUACACCACGGAGAGAGAGCUGCACCAUCUGUUUAGCAAGUAUGGCCCCAUCAACAAGGUACAGGUGGUGCUGGAUGCCAAGACUGGCCGAUCGCGUGGGUUUGCCUUUAUUUACUACGAGGCGAUGGAGGACGCGACGGAGGCCAAACAGCAGUGCACAGGGAUGGAGAUUGAUGGCCGGCGGAUUAGGGUGGACUACUCCAUCACUGCCCGCCCACACACACCCACACCGGGGAUAUACAUGGGCCGGCCUACUUACUCAAACUACGGAAGGCGAGGUGGUGGUGGCGGUGGCGGUGGUGGUGGUCGUUACGGUGGCGGCGGCGGCGGCGGCGGUGGUGGUGGUGGUGGUGGUGGUGGCGGCGGUGGUGGUGGUGGAUAUGGAGGUCGGAAAAGGUCAGGGUCACCAUACCACAGAGGCCCACCGAGAAGGUCAUACAGGUCAAGGUCACGGUCCUAUUCACCGCGUCGUUUCCGCAGAUUUUAGUUGGAGGCAGUAGUAGUAGUAGUAGUAGUAGUUUGAGGUUCUUGUUAGCAUUUGUAAGUGAAGAAAGAUUAGAAAAUAAGUAAAAAAGUGUCAAAUUGAAGGAAAAAUGUCAAAAAGAUGAGCUAUUUUUAAGCAUUUGUGUGUAUGUGUGUGUGUGUGUGUGUGUGUGUGUUUUUUUUUAUUCAAUUUUUCUGUCAUCAAAUUUCCCAUCUCUAUUAUUAUUAUUAUUAUUAUUAUUAUUAUUAUUGGAGUUUUGUAUUUUUAGAAAGAAUUAAGAUACUUUGGGUGUUUAAAAAUCUCUCUCUCUCUCUCUCUCUCUCUCUCUCUCUCUCUCUCUCUCUCUCUCUCUCUCUCUCUCUCAUUAUUAUUAUUAUUAGAAACUUUAUAUAGGAAGGCAGUAUAUCUUUGCUUUGUGCUAUGGUGGUGAUGAUGAUGAUGGUGGUGAUGAUGAUGAUGAUGAUGAUGAUGAUGGUGAUGAUGGUGCGAUGAAUGUCAAAAGUGGAGUCAUUGUUCUAUUAUUAUUAUUAUUAUUAUUGUUGUUUGUUGUUGUGAAGGUGUAACGUUACCCCUGAGUGUUGACAUAUGCAAUUUUGAAAUGUUUUUGUGUUUUGAAAUAUGCAAGUUUGAAUCCUCUA